AUGUCGCAGCCUACGCUUUUCGACAACUGGAAUGAUGGGUCAAACGGCUGGUCCGAUAAUCCCGAAGCAGAAGACCGGACGAUCUCUGGUCCAGAGAUUGUGCGUCGCAGCUACUGGUACAACAUCAUCUGCGGCAUACAAAUUGAAAAGUCCAGAGCUCAGCAUAUGCUUCAGUACUUGCAGUUCAUGUUCGGUGAGAUGUCAUCAAGCCUAGAUGCAAUCAAUGAACAUAAGCUGACAAAGCCACUUCCAGUCGCCGACAGCAACAAAUUCUUCAACCUUGGACACGACUAUGAGAAUGGCCGUGUACGAAGUGCCAUAGCUGAUCUUAGUACCGAUUCUACGCUGAGGGCGAUGAUCAUGGCCAAGAAGUCUGUGGCUUCGGGACAUGUCAUGCUACAUGAGAGUUUCCUCGUAGAGCGUCCUAUGGUGCCUGCUUCCUUCGCUUGUUCUCUAUGGAAGCGGCUCCUCGAUGUUCCUGAAAGCUGCGACUUUCGCAAUUGUCGCAACUUCUUUUCUCACGCAUUUCUGCGAACUGACUUUGGCAAUGAUCUCAAGGAUUAUUGUAAAAUCAAGCAGAUGUACACCGAUCACUUGCCAAUCUUGGAAGUCCUCAUCAAGAAGUUGCAGGCCGGCUUAGAGGACGAAAGCGCCUGGAAGAACGAUGAGUUGGAGCUCUCUUACUCCAACCGGCCCGCUUAUGCUUUCGACAUUCCCGAGGGUGAGGCAGAAGCUGAGGAACAGAGGCAAGUCAAAGCCAGCGCCAGGAAUUUAUCAUCCCCGACUUCGCUUGACCUCCCAGACUGUAACGCAUAUGACAGGACUCCUAAGCACUGGGCAUCAUCACAUUUCACUAUCAAGACGCAUGAUUCCGAGCCUCUUCCACCGAUCCAGACCAUCUACAGCCUCCGCCAUCCAUACUUUCGUCCUGAUCAAUCGAAACCGGACAUGUCUUCCAACGGUCCUGACGAUAACACUCCCUAUCCCUCUGAGGGCUGGGCUUCGGGUUCGAAGAAUCAAGAGAUCGCCGCUCAAGAUCGUGAAAGCGGAACGCUUGUCCAUCCUAUGACCCUCGUCGAGAGUCAAUCGAUUCAAAACCAGAACCUCGAUGACGACCACGAUGCACUCAAUGACCGCGAGUCAUCUAACCCGGACAACUCGGGCUCUAGGAAGUCACUUGGUGAACGGAACGCUCUCAACCAAAACCAUGCCUCCGAAUCUAAAGAUCACUCUCCGAACGCGUGGAACGGUGCGCUGGCCCGAUUCAAGGAUUCACUCUCUCGCUUUAGAGCGAAUUCACUUGACCAACGAAGCGUUUCCAAUCGAAAACGUACCUCAAUCUCUAGAGGGACAUGGAACGAUGCCCUGACAAGAGCUACGAAAAGGUUGUUCCAUCUGAAAGGGAAGUCCACUCACGUGUCCCGUUCGAACUCGUUCCGGAGCCACCAGGUCUCGGAUCCUUCACUCUACAACAUGGUAUGUAGAGCUUUCAUCAAAUAUCAGAAUGCCAAGAAGCUUUCGAUUUCUCUGGGAGCGUGGCACAACGAUCUGGUAGAAAGUUGUGCGCUGAUAGAGAGGGGGCACAAGUUGACAAAACCUCACCCACGGGCUCCAGCAGGCAGGAGCAAUGCUUUCAAUCAGAUCUUGAUGGCCUCCGAUGAUCCCCAAGACCGCGAAUUCGUACUCAGGAAGCACACGGUUGCUUCGGUGCUGAUUUCCAUGGUGGAACGGUGGUCUAACGACGAGCAAGCAUACUUUCCAAAGUCGGCCUACGCCCACUCGCUGUGGGAUAUUAUCUCCUCUCCUGAGAACGGAUUGUCGAGUAAAAGCAUGACAGAGGCGCGAAAUUGGUUCGCUCGUGCUUUGCGUAACGAAGAAGCCGAAAGUGGGAACCUGGGUGAUCACAUUAUGUUCAACAGGAUUCUCAAGGUCUACAAGCGAAUCCUCCCUGCCGUGAAAGCAACCAGAGAUAAGAUCAACGAAGCAUUGGGAGAUACAGGUGCAUGGGUGCCAGACCCCUACCAAGUCUCCGACCGGCCUAAUUAUACGAAAGAAUGCCCGAAAGGGGAAGACAGCAGGCGGAUUAGGUUAGUCACAACCAAAAGAAACCCUGAAGUAACCGAUCGACAACUCGAACUGCACUGGGCGGCAUUGGGGACCAAUCCAGGCGCACCGCCGCUGUUGCCUGGAGCAAGGGUUGGGUGGGGUGACACGCCUGAAGAAAGUAUUGAAAGGACGACUUCAAGACAGUCUCUAGAAGAGGAAGGAAGGACUUACUCCUUGGCUCAAGAAGAUGGAGAGAGGACUGCCUGGCCUACCGAAGAAGAUGAAGGGACGACUUCCGGGCAUCCUCAACCAAAUUACUACGACACCGAAGACUGGCCGGUGACACCUCGCGAUCCUUAA